AUGGAGUUGCUUGAUAAAAAAAUCAAAGUCCAACUUGAGACAUUUAUUGAUGAUAUCGAUAAAAUUUUAUCGGAUAUUAUAAUGCGAGAACUUAAUGCUAUUGAAGCUCUUAUAAAUACUGAUAGUUUUUCGGAAGCGGAGCAAGGUAUGAAAAAUCUCGGUCUUGUACAGCGUGAAUUAGCAGCCUAUUGUACAUCGACUGCUGUGACUGAAAAAAGUCAGAUGCUCAGAGAAAGAUUGGAUGGUAUAGUCAAUGAGAUCUUGCAACGUGAUUUUGAAGACAUUAGUAAAUAUUCCAUGAAUUCACCAAAAGAUCUUAUCGCAAAAUUAAAGAUGGUUGCAUUACGUGGUAAUGCUAGAUUUAAUCAAGCUUGCAAUAUAAUGUUGGGUAAAAUUAGGCAAAAUUUCAGUGCAGCUGUAGAUCAAGUGCGUGCUGCAUCGUUGGAGGAACGUGCCAGUAAAGUACGUUCGUUAAAUUAUGCAUUGUGCUUCUUACCGGAUGAGUUACAAGCUUCAUUCAAAGUGCAGAUCGAUGAACUGAGCAAAUUAGUAAUCGAUGAAGAGAAAGCAUUGAGACGUGACUUGGACGAAGCUCUAAAAAGUGUAGACGAUGAUGAUCAUGCCAUUAGAAAACUAGGCACGCUUGCUCAGCGUUAUAGUAAGCAAAAUGCGAAUGAACUUUUUGAAACAUUACGGACAGAAACUUUAAAAAAGUUGUAUAUCUAUCAAGAAAAUGUAGUGAGUGCAUUAGAUCGGCAGGAUAUGCAGUCUGCUAUCAAUAUCGCGAAGAAAAUCUUAAAAUAUAAAGAAUCCAUAGGUUCUCAUGUUUCAGAGAUAGAAGCAGUUAAUAAAAACGUUCGUGAUCUGAUAAUUAAAAACUUUUUAAAUUGUUGUGGCACGCUUGUCAACAUAUCCACAAUUGAACAAACACAUAUUGUUGAAGAAGCCUUUCACAAUAUGAUCAUUUGCAUCAGUUUUUCGACUAUGUUUCAUGAAAAAACCGAGCAGUUUUUUCCUGAACAUGUAUUAGAAAAGGGUAGUGACUCAUUUAAAAAAAUGCACGAAUAUUUGUAUCAAAAUUCUGAGAAAUAUCAUACAGCUAUCAAGGAAAUGCAUAUUGAUGAAUUGCAUAAAAUUUUGAUAAUAGCUAAGCGAUGGGAUGCCCUUCUGCAGAAGAUUAAACAGUGCCAUUUAAAACAUGAGUCAAUUCAAGUCUUGAUAAAAGAAAUAGCGAAUGUGAUCCCAUACACAAAUAUAACUACUGAGCUGCAGAAAGAGAUUAGCUAUUUAAAGGAUCAAUUAGAUGUUGAACUUAUCAAUUACGACACAACACAGUUCGAAAAAAAGCGUGAAGAAUUUUUCAGCAAUCUUAUGAAAUUAAUCAGUACAUUAAAGGAGAUCGAUUCCAAAUUAAAAGAUAUUUUACCUUUUAAAGUGGAUGUUGAUAAGUUAGAGGAAGAGCUGAAAAAGAAAAUUCAAAAACUUGGUGCUCACCUACUUGCGAUCGCAUCCAAAGGCGAGUUGUCCAUACGAGACUCCGAUCAGUUUCGUAUGUUUUACAACCAUCUAGCAUCACUGAAUAAAUAUGCAGCUAGGAUAGGGUUUGAUGCUCGACAAUUUUUAGACGCAUCAGAGGAAAAAAUUUUUGAUCAAGUAAUGUUCUUGAGUCAAGAGAUUAGAUCUUCGAGUUCGGAUGUUUCAAAGGUCGCUAAAUUGUUAACUAAAAUGAAAUUUUUUGCUGAAAAUCUAUCGAUGUUCGAUAGCAAAAUCAACGAGGAGAUCGACGAGGCGCUUAAAAUUUAUAAACAAAAAGAAGGUCCGCUGAUACUUAUGCAAUUGACUAUGAUAUUAGAAAAAACAGAUAUCGGUGCGCGAUUAAUAUCCGAACAUUCUUCUUUAAGUGGAGAGGAUUGGCGAAGGCGACGUGAAAAAAUGCAAAAUCAGGAUAAUCUGGAGUAUGUCCUGAAAGAAUUAGCUGGCGAUGAUAUUGCAACAGACGUUUUAGCCACAUGUUAUCAGAUUUUUAGGGCAACGUAUGACGAUUUAAUAUCUCGAAUUUUAGGAGUAUUUGAUCAGAAUAAAGAUAACGAGCCUGAUUUAGAAGCAUUGAUCACUCAAACUAAAGCUCUUGUGGCAACAGUAACUCAAAAACCUAAUACUAUUAUUUGGGAUCACUCCUUCAGAGAUAAAAUUCCUGAGUUAUUGGCGUAUAUUUUUGCUGUAUGGACUUUGAAAAAUACGCAACACUAUAAUGCAUUACGUGGCAUUGAGUCCGCACGCGCCUAUUUGCUAAUGCCUCAUGUUGCACAAGUUCUUGCUAUUUUCCGUAUUCUUGGUAUUGGCUACAAAAAAUACGCGAAAAUUAAAGAAUCUAAAAAAUCUUUAACAGGGAAAAUCUCUGAUGAUUUGAUUAACAAUCUAGUAGAGAUACGAACAGGUGAAGGUAAAUCAGUUGUGAUGGCAGUAACAGCGUGUGUUUUCGCUCUUAUUGGAGUAGAUGUCAAUUGUUCAUGUUAUAGUGAAGUACUAAGUGCACGAGAUAAGAAUGAUUUUGCUUCAGUUUUCCGUGCUCUCGGAGUAGAAGAACGUAUUGAAUAUGGUACUUUUAAUAAAUUGUGCGAAAAUCUAUUGAAUGAGCGAUGCAAUGUGCGGGAGAAAGUGUGCGAUAUGAUUGUCAAUAAUAAAAGUGCCAUAUCCAUAGUUGGAACCAUCGCAUACUUGCGUCACAAAGUAUUGCUGAUUGAUGAAGUAGACGUUUUCUUGAGCGACAAAUUCUAUGGUGGUAUGUAUACACCUUCUGUGUAUUUGAGAGAUCCCUCCAUUAAGAAUUUGUUGGAUUCCAUUUGGCAAAACAAGACAGUACGAAAUUUAGGUAGUAUUAAAGCCACAUCGGCAUAUCAGACUUGUGCCACUCGAUUUAGCAACUGGACCUUUCUUCUCGACGAAGCAAUAAAAGACAUGAUAUCAGCAUUACAAUCGUUUCAGUCCUCGACUCAUAUUGUUCAGAAUGAUAAAAUUGUUUAUGUCGAAGGCGAAUCGAUAGUUGACAAUGUAGUCCGAGGUUACGAUACAGUUUGGACUUACUAUCAGGAAAAUGAAAAUGGUAAUAUUAGCCAGAGUAGCUUAGAAGCUAAUGUUGGUAUUUUAGUAAAUUGUGGAACAUUUUCAUAUGCUGAAAUGCCGCAUGAAUUUGCCUAUAUAACCGGUGUAACUGGCACUUUGAGGACACUUGUCAGGACAGAAACAGAUAUACUAAAAUAUGUGUACAAUGUGCAAAAAAACACAUUUAUGCCAUCUGUAUUCGGAAGAAGCAACCGUAUCUAUAAUCCUAACAAUGAUGUACAAGUCAUGAGCGAGUCUGAAUAUUUCAUGAGAAUUCGUGGAGAGAUUGAUGGUGUUUGUAAUGCCGAUCGUGCAAUUCUCAUAUUUUUUGAAUCGGAAGAAAAAUUAAUGAAAUUUUACGAGUCUUCGGAGUUGUUAUCUAAAAAAAAUGACGUCCAAAUUAUAACUGAGACAGUUUCUGUAAAAGAAAGAGAGUUGUAUAUUAAACGUGCAGCGAUGAUUGGUAGAAUUACACUAUUGACUCGAACGUUCGGACGAGGUACUGAUUUUAUCUGCCGUAAUCAACAACUCUUACUUAAUGGAGGCAUGCAUGUACUUCAAACAUUUUUCUCGGAAGAAUUAUCUGAAGAAUAUCAAAUUAUAGGAAGAGGCGCACGACAAGGAGAUUAUGGUUCAUACAGAAUGAUUUUGCUAGAUAAAGAUUUAGAAUGGGUUCUUGGUUCUACUUGGAAGGAAGAGCUACCAAAAAUAUCAGGCACUACUCUUUAUAUGACUUUGAACGAGGCUCGCAAUGCACUUUAUGAAAGUAAGUGUGCUGCGAAAGAACUUGGUAUAGAGCAAUGCAAGCAUGAACAUAAAGCUUCUAAAGAGUUCAUGACUGCAUUAUCCGAAGGAAACAUAAAGACUGUAAAGAAGUUUUUGUUGGAACAAAAUCGUGGAGCAAGUUUAGUUACAAAAACUUCACGUACGGUUUUGUUGAUGGAUGCAACAGGCUCUAUGUCGAAUUUGUUAUCUGCUGCUAAAGAAACGGUUUGUACAAUGUUUGAGCGAGCUUCUGAUAUUUUAAAAGAACAAAUGCUUCCUAGCGAUGCAUUUCAGAUGCAAAUUGCCAUAUAUCGAAACUAUAAUUCUAAAGAGAAUAAGAUUUUGCAAGCUUCUUCUUGGGAGACAAAAGCUAGUCAUUUAAGAGCAUUCAUGAAUACAAUCAGCUCUGAAGGUGGUUGGGGACAUGAAGCCAUUGAAAUAGGUUUAUGGCAUGCAGUUAAAGAAAGCGAAAUGCAAAACUCAAUCUCACAAGUAAUUUUAAUAGGAGAUGCUCCAGCAAAUACACAAAAAGAGAUCAGUCAAAAAAGAGGAAGUUUUGGUGAAGUAUAUUGGGAAAAGACCAGAUUUAGUAAGCCAACAUAUUAUCAGUAUGAAUUAGAAAAGUUAAAAGAAAAAAACAUUCCUGUGCACGCGUUCUAUCUUACUGGUUAUGCAACAGAUGAUUUCCAAAAAAUUGCGAGACAGACGCAAGGACGCUGUGAACAUCUAGAUAUUCACUCUUCUGAUGGUGCUGAAUCCCUGACCGACUUUGUAACAGAAGAAAUUCUAAGAAGUGCAGCUGGUGAUCAAGGAGAUGAUGCAGUAGAACUAUAUAGAACGAAAUAUGUGAGGAAAACUUAUAUGUUUUGA